GUGAUCCGUGUUCACCAGUAGGAGAUGAGCUCGGACGACCCCUCCCACUUCACUGAACCUAGAACGCGCGUCAACAGCCUCAGCGCUGCUAAAUCGAAUCACUCGGCGGUCGAUUGCUCUCACCUGAAGCGAACAUGGCAGAUACAGAAGCCCAGUUUUCUAUUCCUGAAUUCAACAUCCCUCUACAAAUGGACCCUUAUCUCAAACCGUAUGUGAAGGACUAUGAAAGGAGAUAUGGUUUGUUUCAGAAGCAGUUGAUGCUCCUGGAGGAGGCUGAAGGGGGCUUUGAUCAGUUCACACGCAGCUAUAAAACCUUCGGAGCACAUCGCUUGCCGGACAACAGCCUCGUAUUUAAAGAGUGGGCUCCAGCGGCUGAAGCUCUGUUCCUAACUGGAGACUUUAAUGGCUGGGAUAAAUUUUCUCACCCAUAUAAGAAGAUGGAGUUUGGGAAAUGGGAGCUACACAUACCACCUAAAGAGGACAACUCACCAGCUGUUGCUCACAAUUCCAAGCUAAAGGUAGUGCUUCACACCAAAGAAGGAGAGCGUCUGUACCGAAUUUCACCUUGGGCAACGUAUGUUACUAGAGCUGACACAUCGGUUGUGUAUGAGUGGGCGUACUGGGAUCCUCCUCAUCCAUAUGUACAUAAACAUCCUCGGCCACAGAAACCCCGCAGUUUACGGAUAUACGAGUCACAUGUUGGCAUCGCAUCACCGGAGGGCAAAGUGGCAUCCUACAAAAACUUCACUUACAACGUGCUGCCUCGGAUAAAAGACCUGGGCUAUAACUGUAUUCAGAUGAUGGCUAUCAUGGAACACGCCUAUUAUGGUAGCUUUGGUUACCAAGUCACAAGUUUCUUCGCUGCAUCCAGUCGAUACGGCACUCCGGAUGAGCUGAAGGAGCUCAUCGAUGUGGCUCACUCUAUGGGCAUCAUGGUGCUUUUAGAUGUGGUCCAUAGUCAUGCUUCCAAAAAUACAGAGGACGGCCUGAACCGCUUCGACGGCUCUGAUUCCUGCUUUUUCCACAGUGGAAAUCGAGGAGAUCAUCCACUCUGGGAUAGCAGACUCUUCAACUACUCAAGCUGGGAGGUGCUGCGUUUUCUCUUGUCCAACCUGCGCUGGUGGAUGGAAGAGUACCGCUUUGACGGCUUUAGGUUUGAUGGGAUCACCUCUAUGCUCUACCACCAUCAUGGUGUCGGUUCAGGAUUUUCAGGCUCAUAUACAGAGUACUUUGGGCUCCAAGUUGAUGAGGACUCUCUAGUCUACCUCAUGCUUGCCAACCAUAUUUUACACACCCUGUAUGAGAACUGCAUAACUGUGGCUGAGGAUGUGUCUGGUAUGCCCAUGCUAUGCCGACCCGUGCAUGAAGGAGGCUGUGGCUUUGACUACAGGCUGGCCAUGGCUAUUCCUGACAAAUGGAUCCAGAUCAUAAAGGAGUUCAAGGAUGAAGACUGGAGCAUCGGCAACAUCGUGCACACUCUGACCAACAGGCGCUACGGCGAGAAAUGCAUUGCGUAUGCUGAGAGCCACGACCAGGCUCUGGUAGGAGACAAGACCCUGGCAUUCUGGCUGAUGGAUAAAGACAUGUACACCAACAUGAGCAGCUUAAUUCCCAUGAACGCUGUCAUUGACCGGGGCAUUCAACUGCAUAAGAUGAUUCGACUCCUGACACAUGCCCUGGGAGGGGAGGGCUACCUUAACUUCAUGGGUAAUGAAUUCGGUCAUCCAGAGUGGCUGGACUUCCCACGGGCUGGAAACAAUGAGAGCUACCAUUACGCACGCCGCCAGUUUAACCUGGUCGACACAGAUAACCUGCGCUACAGCCAACUGUACAACUUCGACCGCGACAUGAACCGCACAGAGGACAAGUAUGGCUGGCUUUCUGCACCGCCGGCGUAUGUCAGCACGAAACAUGAGGGUGACAAGGUGCUCGUCUUCGAGAGGGCCAAUGUCCUGUUUAUCUUCAACUUCCACCCGACCAACAGCUACAGUGACUACAGAGUGGCAGUGGGACCACCGGGAAAAUAUAAGAUCAAGCUGGAUUCUGAUGAGGUUCAAUACGGAGGCCAUGGCCGAUUGGACCACAACACUGAUUUCUUCACUGUGCCUGGUACUUAUAAUGAGCGGCCAAACUCCAUGCAGGUUUACAUUCCCUGCAGAACGGCUGUUGUUCUAGCCAACGAAGAAAUCGAUUACUGCUACUGAAACACAGUGAAAUUGAUACUCCGCAAAUGUCUCUCUCCGCUGCUUUCCAUCUAAAGUUUGUGCGUGAUACGCCAUAACAGCCUCGCUUCACCUGUUCUUCACCUAUCCCACUCACGUCAGUUUCCAAACACAACCUGAUUUGCUUUCAGGAUAACACACUGGAAUUAAUGUGCCGUAUAACGUAAUCGGCUAAAAGUAGUUUGUAGUGCAUCCAAAUGUUGCUGUUACACUGUGACACAUAGAAUCUUUUUUUCUUUAUGCACAGCACAUUGUAUCUAUUUGGUAUAAUAUCUGAUACUGUUAUUAAUCCAUUAAUUAAUGAUAAUCCAAUUAAUUAAUUUAUUAAAAAUUUAUAUAUGGCGUGUGGUAACAAUUGGCCUCAAUGUUGUGUUUAUAGGAGUACAUGAUGUUAAGAGAAACCCUCCACACAUAUUGUAUUAUACAGGAUUUUGUGUAGAAAUACUUUUAGAUUUAUAUUUUCAUGGCUGAAUUUAAACAACCAUAAAUUAGUCUGUGUGUUUGAUCUGAUGUAACAUCAUCUUUAGGUACAAGUUGCACUGAACUAUGAAGUCAUUUAUAAUUAUAUGAAAUAUAAACCUGUUUAGAAAACGCAAAGUCAAAAUGUAAAAAAAAAACACAUCUUUGUCACAUGGUUCAUGUGAACUUGUCAUCAGAAAUGAUCAUGCAAAAUGAUGCAAAAUGAGUUUGUAAAACGUUUGACACCAAAAAUAAUGAGCCUUUAUUAAACUGGAGUCUCAGUACCCAGUGUAAUCCCUGGGAGUGGCUUCAGAGCUGCUGUGAUGGGAUAAAGAUGUGAUCAUGAGGUUAUGAUUGUAUGUUAUCCUGUGAACAGCACAAACUGUAUGUCUAUUAUUGUACAUAUAGAUGAAAUACCUCCUGAUAUUUUUUGUUACUACGAAGAUUAAGUAAUCAUCCGAAUUAAGAUGCGUGAGCUGUUCACUCUGCAUUUAAUGUCUAUUUUUAAAUAAUCCCCCAGGUCUGAUUUAUGAUAUUUUGUAAAUUAUUAGGCUGACCAUAUUAAUUUUGUCUGCCUUUCAAUAUUUAAAAAACAAAAAUAAAACCACUUGACUAUGAAUGAUUAUUUGAUCUUAGUGGGAGGAUAUGAACUAAAUGUCAGACAGAUGAUUUAAAAACAAAAAACAAAACAAAAACACCAGUGUAUUCAUUUAAUAGGAAAAGCACAUCAUCUCUUAUGCAUUAGACACAAUUAUUUAUCUGCAUCUGUUUAUUAUAGAGAAAAUCCUGUUCAAUAUAACACCAGCUGAAUAUUCAGUUUAGAUCUGAAUGUCUGAAUGAAAUAUAUAACUAUAGACACUGUAUUAAUAGUGUUUCACUUUGUUGACUAUUUAGAGAAAUUCUAACAAGGAUUUGAUUGUGUUGUUUGAAUUAGGCCUAAAAUAAGGUGUUAGUUCAAAUAUAUUUACAUAUAAAUAUAAAUGUUAGAUAAGGAACCACUUACUUACCACUUAAAGUCAACCGUAAAUGAAGUGCUGGCACAAAUUUUCCUUCUGUGUAUUGGUCUCAUCUGUUAAAUAAAGCCUCACAGAAUUAUAAUGGGUAAAUGGGCAGCACGCUGUCCCAUUAUAAUUUUGGUCGAUUAUAAACUUUCUGUUGCCUGCCUUCCCUCUUCAACAACAGUGUUUCUCAUUAAUGUCGAGUAGCUACUUGAAGAUAAUGCUGGCCUGCUUUUGAAUCCUCUAAAGAGAAAGCAGAACAAAUCUGUGUGUAAAUACAUUAGGGGUUAUUAUGCUGAACCUGCUCUGCUGAAUAAAUAGUCUUUUUUCCUUUGCCCUUUUGUGUGUAAAGAGAUGUACCUCUCGAUCUGCUUUGUGUUCCCAUCAAGCCCCAUUGUCCCAUGAAAAAAAAUGAGAUGCUCAUAUAGAAGUUGUGUGUGUGUGUGUGUGUGUGUGUGUGUGUGUGUGUGUGUGUGUGUGUGUGGUAAUUUGUUUUUCCUUCAUACUGUUAAGUCAAAUCUGUUUUCAGAAAGCUAUUUGCACAUUGUUUGGUUUUGUUUUUCUUUUCCUGACAGAUGAAAGUGAGAUAAUUCAAUGUAAGUGGAUGUAAUCGUGUACAAAUUUCUGUGCAAAUGGAAUGUUUUUGAAUUUCAGUUUUCUCCUCGGGAUCAACACGGUUCUCCACAGUUUUCAGUUUUUUUGUGGGGAAAUAAAUAUAUUAUACACACAACAAA